AUGGCUUUAUCAGAACCCAGGGCGCAUUGCGCCAGCUCUAUCACGUGGACAGCAAGGUCGCGAGAGACGGCCAGACUGAGAGCGUCCUCCGCUGCGAAACCGUUGCUGGCGCGUGCGGCUAGCCUUUUGAGACGUGUCGAGAGUUUGCGCCCACUACUGGAUGUGUCGCGCCGCGAGGAACCUCCACAGCCUGCCGGACGGGUUCCACGAAAACUUCAGAGUCGGACCAUCCGGGCGGCUCUCGAUAUCGGUCGUCGCAAGGGGUUUUGCGGCGGAGACGUUGGAGAAGACGCCGGGCCAGAUUUCGGGCAGAUAAUCAGCGUCAUGGCCGACGGAGGCUCGGCCAUGCUCCGUCUCGCGACCCGGCUCUCAUGUGUCUUGAGGACAUUGGGCAACUCCAUCACCGACCUGUUGCGCCUCGUCUCCACCGGCCAGGAGAACGGAACGGCAGCCCGCUCCGCGCCGACAGGGGCUCGCGCGGGUUCGAUCGUUACUGUUGAUUUUUGUACCGCUCUGCUGGCAGCCAGCUGGACCGCCAAGCUACUCGGCCACGAUGCUAUGAUGGCGAUGCACUAUUGGAGCAUUGGCAUGGACCGGGUGUGCCGCAACGCCGAAGCGUGCCGGACCGGGCACGGACUCGAGGGGUGGGGAGCCUUUUUCGACGGCAUCGGCGAUGGCGUGUACGGUGGCCAGGACUCGUUUGGCUAUGCGUCGUGUUUCUGGGGGUCGAUGCUCGGUUUGAGGUGA